CCGGGAUUCCGACAGCGGCUCGGACGCCGACUCGGAGUUGGGUCGGGGGAGCCCGACCCGGACCGCAGAGGUAAGACAUUCUAUCUAGUAGGAGGUGAGAACCACGAAUUCUGCUAAUUUCAAAUCUUCAUAUGAGAUUGCAUGAUCUGGACAGCAAAAAACGUCCCUGAACUGAAGUGCAGCCAAAAGAAUGAUGAUGUAACUAAGAAGGCAAUUUAAUUUCUUCAAAUGUGCUGCAUCAAACUCUACUGCUCAGAAGUAGGACAUAACAAAAUAGUAAAGAAUCACUGCUGGAGUUUCAAAAAUGACUAAAAAUCAUUGAGGCCAGGAUCUGUUUCAUAUUUAUCUAGGCAGUGGAAAAGGAAAUGGCUGUUCCUAAUCACCUCUGCAUUCGUCGCUGGACUACCAAGCAUGUAGCUGUUUGGCUGAAGGAUGAAGGCUUUUUUGAAUAUGUGGACAUUUUAUGUAAUAAGCACCGACUUGAUGGAAUCACAUUGCUAACAUUGACUGAAUAUGAUCUCCGGUCUCCUCCUCUGGAAAUCAAAAUCUUAGGGGACAUUAAAAGGUUAAUGCUCUCAGUCCGAAAAUUGCAGAAAAUACAUAUUGAUGUUUUAGAAGAAAUGGGAUACAACAGUGACAGUCCCAUGGGUUCCAUGACACCUUUCAUCAGUGCUCUUCACAGCGCAGAGUGGCUCUGUAAUGGAGAGCCUUCACAUGACUGUGAUGGACCGAUCACUGAUUUGAAUUCUGAUCAGUACCAGUACAUGAAUGGUAAAAACAAACAUUCUAUUCGAAGAUUGGACCCAGAGUAUUGGAAGACCAUAUUGAGUUGUAUAUAUGUUUUUAUAGUAUUUGGGUUUACAUCUUUCAUUAUGGUUAUAGUCCACGAGCGAGUGCCUGAUAUGCAGACCUAUCCACCACUCCCAGAUAUAUUCUUAGACAGUGUUCCUAGAAUCCCAUGGGCCUUUGCCAUGACAGAAGUAUGUGGCAUGAUUUUGUGCUAUAUCUGGCUCCUGGUUCUUCUUCUCCACAAACACAGGUCAAUACUUCUUCGAAGGCUCUGUAGUCUGAUGGGUACUGUGUUCUUGCUUCGCUGCUUUACCAUGUUUGUGACCUCCCUCUCCGUGCCAGGACAGCACCUGCAGUGUACUGGAAAGGUAUAUGGCAGUGUAUGGGAGAAACUGCGCCGGGCCUUUGCCAUUUGGAGUGGCUUUGGUAUGACCCUAACUGGUGUUCACACUUGCGGAGAUUACAUGUUCAGUGGUCACACAGUUGUCCUAACUAUGCUGAAUUUCUUUGUCACUGAAUAUACACCAAGAAGCUGGAAUUUCUUGCACACUUUAUCCUGGGUUCUCAACCUCUUUGGAAUCUUCUUCAUUUUGGCUGCCCAUGAACAUUACUCCAUUGAUGUGUUUAUUGCCUUUUAUAUCACGACAAGACUCUUUUUGUACUACCAUACUCUAGCCAAUACCAGAGCAUAUCAGCAGAGUAGGAGAGCAAGAAUUUGGUUUCCCAUGUUUUCUUUUUUUGAAUGCAAUGUUAAUGGUACAGUACCUAAUGAAUAUUGUUGGCCAUUUUCAAAACCAGCAAUAAUGAAAAGAUUAAUUGGAUAAAGACUACCUUUGUAAUGGGUUCUUGAUUAAAUAUAUAGUAGUUGUCGAAAGUGAGUAACUUUGCUUUCUCCCCCUAGGUUGUUCCUGGAUGCCUUGCUUUUGGGCUUAUAUGUUGACAAAGUAAAGUUCAUAUUCUGAGCAAGGCUAUGAUUAUAGAAAUCAAGAAAGAACAAUCAAGAGUCCUUACAUAUCUGUUUGAAUAGGAAGCUUAAGUUGAAGUAGAUGUUUCCUGACCCUUCUUUUUCAACAAACUUAAUGUUGUGAUUGAAGUCAGAUUGUUACCUUUACCUGUUGAGUACUGGCUUGUUGAACUUAAGCAGUUUGCUGGUUGAAAGUGGUUUUGUUUGUUUGUUUGUUUGUAAUUUCAUUAGGACUCUAGUCAAGAUAUAAUUUUUUUUAAGCUCCUUAAUAUCUUCAAGGGAAAAACCCCUACCAAGUGAGCAGUAUUUGUUCUUUGAACUGAUCUCUGUAUUCUUGAAAAUUGCAACUCUAGAAAGUAAUCUGUAUUACUAACAAAUAAUUUUUGCCUCCUGAACCAUCUUUAAGAAAAGUAUACUGAACAUACCAGGAUGCCUGAAACAAGAAGAAAAUGAAAGGGGCUAUCCACGAGGUAACUGAGUACAAAUAUGGUACUGGCAUUUUUCACCAAAGAUAAAACACAAGAUGCAGUUCCUAUUUUGUUCUGAGGGCUCAGUAUGACCAUCAGUCAGUAUUUUUGAGGGAAAAGUGGCUGCAUCCAUAAAAAUCAAAUUGGCUUAAUUUUAGUGAGGUAGGUACCUGGAACAACUUUGUGCCAUAGUUGUUAGUUAGACUUAUGACAACCCAAUUUUAUGCUAUUUAAUGAUGUUAUUUAAUGAGUAAAAUAGUGGAGUGUUUUACCAAAUGUUAGAUAAAGUUCUGAUGUCUUUAAGUAGGGAGGUUUGCAUGCAAAGAAUAUUUUUUCUAUUUCUGAAAAGAAAUGAUAACAGGUUGCAGGCAUUAUACAAUUAUUUGGUUUAAUAUUUGUCAUUCUUGGCCAUCAGAAGUAAACAGUCUCAAAUAUAUUUGGAUAUAAAAAGGUUUUGUUGUUUUUCAUUUUUAAAUACAAUUGUGUACAUACAUUCUUUCUAUUUUGUCUUAAUUUGGCAGUCAGGAAGUGAUAUAACUUAGUUACUGUUUACACUAGAAAUUUAGUAUCGUAAGUAAUCUGACCCCUGUGAUAACAUUUGUCACUUUGCUUUUAAUGAUUUUAAUAGUUAUGACAGUAGAAUGGUUAUGGAAUUGGAAUUUGAGCCCCAACUGAUUGAGCUUAGCCACUUGGAAAAUUAAGUGUGUAGUUUUUACAUUCCAUUUUAAAACAAGGAGUUAGAAAAAGUGCUGACAUAUUGAGGUCUAAAAUUAGGCCACUUAGCUGAAAUCUGCUUGUCAUGUGGGUGAAAUACUUUAUUUUUGCAUUUUGAGUCCUAUUCCCACCCCUGUAUAAGGUACAGAGGAGCUUGAAGGGAGUGAGCAGGAAAGGAAUAUUACACAAACAAGUUUCAGCCAGUGCUGAAUUACCCCAAUUUGAGUCUACUCUGAACAUUAUAUCUUAUUUCUCACCUGAGAAAUGACACAAGGCAAUUCAAAUUUUAUUAUGAUUUUAAAACUCACACUUUAGAAUCUUAUAUCUUAAAUUGUUGAUUGUUUUACAUGCUAGGGACAAAAAUGCCAACAUUUCAUGUAAGGAAACUGCAUAAUCAUGAAAGGUGAAGGAUGUUUCCUAUGACUCUUGAGGUCAAAUUAUGUGUAACUAGCAUUCUUUCCAAGUGACAGAGCAAGACUGUAUUUUAGCUAGGGAGGGACUUAAUGUUAGCUUUUGGAAAAAUGUUUGAAGAAAAUCUGUGGCAACAUUAAUUCAAGAAUGUUAGAUAGCUACUUAAUGAUAAAUUUCCUAACAUCAGUCUUCUUUCCUUUAUAUGGAUUCUAUUCUAGAACAAAAUAGAAAAAAAAAAAAAUUGUAACUAACUUUGCAGAGUGCCUAACAGCAGACUGCAAUGAGGAUUGUAAAAUAAGUUUUCAGCCUUGCAUUUAUCAUAUCUGAUUUAAGGAAAAGGUAAGCUAGAUUUAUAAUUUAUAACCAAUACAAGGCAGUGUUUACAUAAAUUCAUCAUCUCCAAGUCUCUUUCUUGGAAAACUUGGACACAAAAUUCUUUUCCAUUUCUUUUUUUAAUAUGAAACCUAUAUUACAGUUGUGUUUUGUUUUGUUUUGUCCAGAAACUCUCCAGAUUUUGUCUUUGUAUUUUUUUUUUUCUUGUUAAAAUCUAAACCAUUGGAAAGGUGGUAUUUAUAUUCACAUUUUGGGUAUGAAUGUGGCUAGGUGGAGAAGCUACAUGCCUUAGAUCUAUAUAUUUUUUUGCCCUGUCUUCAGUUGCAGGCUUGUGAAAGCUUAUAAAAUACUGAAAGUUCAGUAUAGAAGGAACCAAGAAGGUUUUGGUUUGGGGAAUGCAAACUGGAGGUUAUAUUGAAAGUCCUCAAUGCAUUUCUCUAUGUUCCUGAGGACAGUGUAACCUUUUUUGUCUUUUUUUCUUUUUUUAAGUCCAUGCAGGACAUUGUUAACUGAAGGGUAAUUGAAGUUAGUAGAGAGUAGGAGAUUUUGAAGAAGGCACAUUUAUUGUUAUUACUGAAUAAUUUGGGAGAAACCUUUUUUGGCUUUGCUGCAAAAUUCUCAAAUGCCUAUCCUUUCCAUAUCUCUCUGUGGUCAGAAUUGCUGGGGUAAAAAUACAACUUCCAUAUCUGAUUAAGUAUUUUUUUCGUAAUCAGAAAGCAAUGAAGGUAAUCUUAGAACCAGUCAGCUGAAGAAAUGUGGACUGUUCACAACAAAACAUUUGUUGACUAAAAGACCUGCUGAUUGUGUAAUGAUUUACACACACCACAAGUGGCUCUUUCUUACCCUGUACCUGCCUGAGUGUUGUUACUUAGAAUUUCAAAAAUCUUACAAUUUGUAAAUGGAGAACUGAGGAGCCAAAUCCUUUUAUAGCUUAUAUGAAAGUCUGUUUUAGAGACAUCUGUUUGGAAAGUGUUAUUUAUAUUUCAAAGUCAUAUUCAUAACACUAACCUGCUUUCAGUGUAUUCAGCAAAAGGCAAUUUCAUCAUUAGUUUUAUAGUAAACAUUUUUUAAGGAUUCUUGUUCUAAAAUGCUUGAGAACGUUAACCAUAUUCUUGUUUUAAACUCUGUGAUCUAAUAAAUUUACUUCUUUGAUAGUCUUUGUAGACCUAAGUUAUCCCUUAAAAAAAGUAAUUAUAGUAAUAGUCAUGUGUCAGUUCUUUAAGGUAUUCAGGCAUUUGAGACAAGAAAGUUCUCUUUUAGAAUAGUCCAAUAGCUUUCUUAAGCAGGAUUGGUUUCAUUUAGAUAGUUUCAAAGCCAACAAAGCAUGUCAGUUUUAAUGCCAUCUUUACUUGGUGGUUAAGAUGGUGUGCACUUGUAAAAGUGUAGCCUGAAUUACCCCCUUACCUCUGUAGAGGUGACUUGUUAGUAACAUCAAAAGUCAGACUGCUUCACAUGACAAGUGAGAAAGGAAAGAGGUUGAGGAUUUUUCCCUCUCUGUGUUUGAGAAGCUCUGAAUGACUGAAAUUACUAUGAAAGUAGGUUUUGGUCUCCCCUCUCACCUACCCCUCACACCCAGUGAAUGCCACCAAUUUCAAGUAACUUAAAUGUGGCCUAUUAUUUUGCAUCAAGUUCAAUAAAAAUAUCUAUGAAAUCUAUAAGCCAUAAUUCAGCUACUGGUAAGGUUGGUUUUUAGAAUAUGUUCUACCCUAAAUUAGCCAAUGGACUUUUUAUUCAGUGUACUCCAUGUUUAAGCAUAAGGAUGUUUUGUGCCUGAUGUGGAGGGAGAAGGAAUACUAUGAUAAUUUUGUUGUUAUUUCAGGUCUGUUUCAGUAUAAACUACUGGCUUAUUAGUUAGUCAUCUUAAAAAUGCUUAAUUUUAAUAAUUUUUUUUGAGAGAAUCUAUGGAUUAUUAGGACAAUUGAAGUAUUCCUGAUAUGGAACAAAGGAAGUGGAAACUGGUACUGAGCGGGGGAAGCAAAAUUAGUUUGCUAAACUAAAGUGGGCUAAAGUGGGCAUGUUUUGUUUUAAGAACACUACCUAAAUGUCACUCUAUCCACAGAGAAACUAGUAUUACUUGAAGAUGUGAACGUUCCUGUGGUAGCCAUACCUUGAAGCACAGUAUUGUAUAUAAGUAAAUAUCUUGAUUCUAAAUUAAAUCCAGAUUUAACUAAUAUAUAUUAUUUUAUAUCUUUGUUGUAUUAAAAUGUUUAAAAACACUAAAAAUAAAACAUUUGAAAGUUG